UUCCAUCAAUGUGAUUGCUUCUUUCUCUCUCAUCCUUCCCUCUGAAGAAGUUUAUUAAGGAGCUUCCACAAACAAUACCUGAUGAAGAUGAGUUUCUCAACUAUGAAAGAUGGAAAGAUGAUGAAAAGGCUGCUCAAAGUUUAAAGCCUAUAACAAAGCUGAUAAACCGAAAGAAAGAAAGAAAAAAUACAAAAGAAAAGAAAAGAAAAGUAAAGAAAGGAAAGGAAACACCUUUUCCCUUCUACUUCUUCUUUUUCUUCUCUCAUAUAUAUCCCCACAUAUCUUUAAUUUCUCUCACUUCUUUUUCUUCUUCUACUGCUUCAUCCAACUCCAACUGUUGCACGAACAAAGCUUCUCUUUUCUUCUCUUCUUCUUCGCUUUGGAUUCUAUUGUUAUUGCAAGAUACAUAUAUAUGAAUUCAACCCAUGCUAGCCAACAACUCUUCCUCAUCGCUUCCUUCUUCUUCUUCUGAUCCUUUUUCUUGUUUAGAAGUUGCAACUAACAAUAAUAAGAGAAAAAGAAGACCAGCAGGGACUCCAGAUCCAGAUGCUGAGGUGGUGUCUUUAUCACCCAAAACGCUAUUGGAAUCUGAUCGUUAUGUAUGUGAGAUCUGCAACCAGGGGUUUCAGAGAGAUCAAAACCUACAGAUGCAUAGGAGGAGACAUAAGGUCCCUUGGAAGUUACUCAAGAGAGAGACUCCUGUGGUGAAGAAGAGAGUUUUUGUUUGUCCUGAGCCUACUUGCUUACACCAUGAUCCAUGCCAUGCCCUUGGUGAUCUUGUUGGGAUUAAAAAGCAUUUCAGAAGAAAACACAGCAAUCAUAAACAAUGGGUUUGUGAAAAAUGUUCUAAAGGUUAUGCUGUUCAAUCUGAUUAUAAAGCUCAUCUCAAAACCUGUGGCACCAGAGGCCAUUCUUGCGAUUGCGGCCGUGUUUUCUCAAGAGUUGAGAGUUUUAUAGAGCAUCAAGACACUUGCAACAUGGGACGCUUACGACCAGAAUCACAAUCACUACAGCCUGCAUGCUUGUCUAGAACAGCAUCGAGCCCAAGCCCUUCUGCAGAUACAAAUUUCAGCACAGUUCCUUGGUCUCCUUUAGUAAUACCAAGGAAAACAACUGAUGCCAUGUUCUUGAGCCCUACUGUAGAUAAAAAAGAUUACAAUUUGGAGCUCCAGCUUUCAAGCACAUCAAAUCCCAUUGACGUCUCAGUUUCUCCUAAGAUAGACGAUAAUCAUUCUACCCAGUUGCAGCUCUCAAUUGGGUCAAGUGAUUUCAUCGAAAAAAACGAUUCAAAUAUCACUUGUGCAACUAUAGAUGCAGGCAAACUCUCCCCAGGAGAGAGCAACAAUAAUCACAGAGAAAAAUCUGAAUUGCCAGCCUCAAGGGUUAAAGAAAAAGCAUGGGAGAAGCUAAGGUUGGCCAUGGCAGAGAAAGCUUAUGCAGAAGAGGCAAGACAACGAGCGAAAAGACAGAUUGAAAUGGCGGAACAAGAAUUUGCCAAUGCCAAGAGAAUUAGGCAACAAGCUCAAGCUGAACUAAACAAGGCACAGUCUCUGAAAGUGCAUGCAACGAAGCAAAUCAAUUCAACAAUUCUCCAAAUCACUUGCCAUGCUUGUAAACAGCAAUUUCAAGCGAGAACACAUCCAGAUGAGAACUCUUUGGGUUUGAGUUACAUGUCUUCAGCAAUAACAGAAGGUGAAGUAGAGAAUGAUAAUGAUCUAGAAAAGCCUGCAGCUUAUAACCUAAGCAUAAGUUAAUCCUUUCUGUUUAUAUAUAAUAUUGAGAUCAUUAUUUUGUUUAUGAUCCAAGUAUAGGUAGGUUUUGAUUAUAAGGAUGUGGUAUGGAUGAAGCUUUGAGAGAAGUUUUAUUAUUUUUCUGGUUAAUGGAAGUUGUUCUGGGAUUUAUUAAUAUAUAAAAAUAAAUGAUGAAUGGAUUAUUAUUA